GUGGUGGCGGCGCAGGCUGAGAAGAUGCGGCUCGGAGCGCCCGCCGCCGCCGCCGCCGCCGCGGUUGUCUCCUAAGAGCCCCUGGAGAUCCCCACCCUCCUCUGGAUUUCUGGGCCCACGACGUGGUCAGCGAGACCAGGGUGCUUCGGUGGCUGUGGGCCGGCCCUGCCCGUUGCUGGACUUGUAUGUGCCGCUCGGACUCCGGGCUCCUUGGAGCUCUCGUUUACGUGGAAGUUUUGAGCCAUUUUGAAUCUUUUGAAGGAGAAGCCGCUGCUCGCAAUGAGCUCACAAAGCCAUCCAGGCAGAUUCUCUACCGUCUGAGCCACCAGGGAAGGCCCUUAAUGCUGAGCUCCUUCAAAUGUCAGCUGAGGAUAUCUGCUUGUGGUCUUCGUGACUUGGGGUUUUUCCUUGAGACAUUCAUGGAGAAGUCUUCUCUGUCUGUUAGUUCAGCGCUGUGGGAACCACGCCAUCCCGCCUCCUCUCUGACCUCUGUGUCCCCGGGGAGGCCUGGCGCACCCCUGGGAUGAAGCUGGCCCCGGCCCUGAGCUCCCCCCGGCCCCCGCAUAGCACGCCUGGGAGAAGAUGCUGCUUCGUCGUCUACAGCACGAGCGCGGUCACAGUCUCCGCAGUGGAGUCUCACAUGAAAAUGCAGUUUAACACCUGCCUUUUACUGUUUGUUUAAGAUGGAAGUGUGAAUUUCUGUAAAAACCUUGAGUCUGUGUGUGCCCUUGAGGGUCUGGGCUCUCCUCUCCUGCCGGGCCCUUUGCCCUUUCCUCAAGCAGUGAUCACACCGGCCCUCUGCACUCAAGCGUCAUUCAUUUCUGGAGUCCCAUUUUCAACUGGCUGGUAACACUUGGGCCUUGCAUUUCCCGGAUGUUCCGGAUGUCAGUGGACAGAACACAGAUGUCCCAUGUAUCUGUGGACAGGGACAGCUGACGCCCAUGAGGAUGCCUCCUCCUGCCCUCUGCAUGGCCUGUGACACGUGCCGCCUGGUGGGCCCAUGCCAGACGUUGCAACACAGGGCAGAGCCGGUGUGCCGUUGGCUGCAGCCAUCCUUACUCACAUGCCAUGGAGGCUGCUGAGCGCCGGCCUGGCUGUCCCGGCGUCCAGGUGUGCAGAAUGUCCCAAGGAGGCCAUCAAGCUCUCGCCUUGGGCUGCUGGGCACCCUUUCUGGGAGAGUCUGUCUUUUUUCUUGAUGGACUUUCUGGCCGAGACCAGCCAGUGGAGCUGCUCAACCCCGCCCGUGUGAACCACAUGCCCAGCACCGUGGACGUGGCCUCGGCCCUGCCUCUGCCGGUGGCCCCCCCGGGGGUGCCCAUGGACCUGCGCCUGGACCACCAGUUCCCGCUGCCCGUGGCGGAGCCGGGCCUCCGCGAGCAGCAGCUGCAGCAGGAGCUCCUGGCGCUCAAGCAGAAGCAGCAGCUGCAGAGACAGAUCCUCAUCGCCGAGUUCCAGCGGCAGCACGAGCAGCUGUCGCGGCAGCACGAGGCCCAGCUGCACGAGCACAUCAAGCAACAGCAGGAGCUGCUGGCCAUGAAGCACCAGCAGGAGCUGCUCGAGCACCAGCGGAAGCUGGAGCGGCACCGGCAGGAGCAGGAGCUGGAGAAGCAGCACCGGGAGCAGAAGCUGCAGCAGCUGAAGAACAAGGAGAAGGGCAAAGAGAGCGCCGUGGCCAGCACGGAAGUGAAGAUGAAGCUGCAGGAGUUUGUCCUCAAUAAAAAGAAGGCCCUGGCUCAUCGGAACCUGAACCACUGCAUGUCCAGCGACCCUCGCUACUGGUACGGGAAGACGCAGCACAGCUCGCUGGACCAGAGCUCCCCGCCCCAGAGCGGGGCGUCGGCCUCCUACAACCACCCGGUCCUGGGCAUGUACGACGCCAAAGACGACUUCCCCCUCAGAAAGACAGCUUCUGAACCCAACCUGAAAUUGCGCUCCAGGCUAAAGCAGAAAGUGGCUGAGAGACGGAGCAGCCCCCUGCUACGCAGGAAAGAUGGGCCAGUGGUCACGGCUCUGAAAAAGCGCCCCUUGGAUGUCACAGACUCGGCGUGCAGCAGUGCCCCAGGCUCCGCGCCCAGCUCGCCCAACAACAGCUCCGGGAACGUGAGCACGGAGAACGGGAUCGCGCCCACCGUCCCCAGCAUCCCGGCCGAGACCAGCCUGGCGCACAGACUCGUGGCGCGAGAGGGCUCGGUGGGCCCGCUGCCCCUCUACACCUCACCAUCCCUGCCCAACAUCACGCUGGGGCUGCCCGCCACCGGCCCCUCCACGGGGGCAGCCGGCCAGCAGGAGGCCGAGAGACUGGCCCUCCCCGCCCUGCAGCAGCGCGUCUCCCUCUUCCCCGGCGCCCACCUCGCCCCCUACCUGGGCACGGCGCCCCUGGAGCGUGACACAGGGGCAGCCCCUGGCUCCCUGCUGCAGCACGUGGUCCUCCUGGAGCAGCCGCCUGCACAGACGCCCCUCGUCACAGACCGCUAUCUUGCAGGCCUGGGUGCGCUGCCCCUGCACGCGCAGCCCCUGGUAGGGGCUGAGCGCGUGGCGCCCUCGGUGCACAAGCUGCGGCAGCACCGCCCGCUGGGCCGCACGCAGUCGGCGCCGCUGCCUCAGAGCGCGCAGGCGCUGCAGCACCUGGUCAUCCAGCAGCAGCACCAGCAGUUCCUGGAGAAGCACAAGCAGCACUUCCAGCAGCCGCAGCUGCACCUCAACAAGAUGAUCCCCAAACCCAGCGAGCCAGCCCGGCAGCCCGAGAGCCACCCCGAGGAGACGGAGGAGGAGUUGCGGGAGCACCAGGCACUUCUGGAGGAGCCCUUCCUGGACCGGCUCCCGGGGCAGAAGGAGGCCCAUGCGCUGGCUGGGGUGCAGGUGAAGCAGGAGCCCAUUGAGAGUGAUGACGAGGAGACGGAGCCCCCACGGGAGGCGGACCCCGGCCAGCGGCUGCCCACAGAGCAGGAGCUGCUCUUCAGACAGCAAGCCCUCCUCCUGGAGCAGCAGCGGAUCCACCAGCUGAGGAACUACCAGGCAUCCAUGGAGGCCGCUGGCAUCCCCGUGUCCUUCGGCGGGCACCGGCCCCUAUCCCGGGCGCAGUCCUCCCCCGCGUCUGCCACCUUCCCUAUGUCCGUGCAGGAGCCCCCAGCCAAGCCGAGGUUCACCACAGGCCUCGUGUACGACACGCUAAUGCUGAAGCACCAGUGCACCUGCGGGAACACCAACAGCCACCCGGAGCACGCCGGGCGCAUCCAGAGCAUCUGGUCGCGGCUGCAGGAGACCGGCCUGCGAGGCAAAUGUGAGUGCAUCCGUGGACGGAAGGCCACGCUGGAGGAGCUGCAGACGGUGCACUCGGAGACGCACGCCCUGCUCUACGGCACGAACCCCCUCAACAGGCAGAAACUGGACAGUAAGAAACUUCUAGGCUCAUUAACGUCCGUGUUCGUCAGGCUGCCCUGCGGUGGUGUCGGGGUGGACAGUGAUACCAUAUGGAACGAGGUGCACUCGUCGGGGGCUGCCCGCCUGGCUGUGGGCUGUGUGGUGGAGCUGGUCUUCAAGGUGGCCACGGGGGAGCUGAAGAACGGCUUUGCUGUGGUCCGCCCUCCAGGACACCACGCAGAGGAGAGCACGCCCAUGGGGUUCUGCUACUUCAACUCCGUGGCCAUCGCUGCCAAGCUUCUCCAGCAAAGGCUGAGCGUGAGCAAGACCCUCGUGGUAGACUGGGACGUGCACCACGGGAACGGGACCCAGCAGGCCUUCUACAGCGACCCCCGCGUGCUCUAUAUCUCCCUGCACCGCUACGACGACGGCAACUUCUUCCCAGGCAGCGGCGCACCCGACGAGGUGGGCACGGGCGCUGGCGUGGGCUUCAACGUCAACAUGGCUUUCACUGGCGGCCUGGAUCCCCCCAUGGGAGACGCAGAAUACCUGGCGGCCUUCAGGACUGUGGUCAUGCCGAUCGCCAGCGAAUUCGCCCCAGACGUGGUGCUGGUGUCCUCAGGCUUCGACGCUGUGGAGGGCCACCCCACGCCCCUCGGAGGCUACAACCUCUCCGCCAAAUGUUUCGGGUAUCUGACGAAGCAGCUAAUGGGCCUGGCCGGUGGCCGGGUUGUCCUGGCACUGGAGGGGGGCCACGAUCUCACAGCCAUCUGCGACGCCUCGGAAGCCUGCGUCUCUGCUCUGCUGGGGAAUGAGCUCGAUCCUCUCCCAGAAAAGGUCUUACAGCAGAGACCCAACGCCAACGCCGUGCGGUCGAUGGAGAAGGUCAUUGAAAUCCACAGCCAGUACUGGCGCUCCCUGCAGAGGCUCGCCUCCACCGCCGGCUACUCCCUGGUCGAGGCCCAGAAGUGUGAGAACGAGGAAGCCGAGACUGUCACUGCCAUGGCCUCGCUGUCUGUGGCCGUGAAGGCCCCUGAGAAGAGACCCGACGAGGAGCCCAUGGAAGAGGAGCCGCCUCUGUAGCCGCUCCCGCAGCUGCGGGUCUCUUGUUUGUCUGUCUCCGUCCUGAAGCUCCGCCGAGAAAAGCUGCUGCCGCCCUGCGUCCUGCCG